AUGGAGGGCCGCACGCUCGCUGCAUUCCGGCCGGAAGGCUCCAAGGCCGUGGUGACUUUUGACCGUGUGAAGGCAUUCUACAUCCUGGGUUUGGUUGGCUUCCACCAGCAGCUGCUGAAUGCCCCGAACCAUCGCGUGCAGUUGUCCCACUACGUGCCGUACCAGACUGUGGACCAUGGUGUGGAACUGAUGAUGGGAAUGAUGCUCAUCUCUGGCUGGCUGUCCUCAGCCACGUGGAAGGAUGCCAGCUGGGGGGACCACAUGCGCAAGAAGGUGGCGCGCCUCAUCCCGCCGUACAUUGUGGCAGUCUUCUUCACAGCCCUGCCAUUGGCCUUGCAGUGCACGAGCUGGCGGUGCGUGGUGCAGUAUGGCCUCGAGAUUCUGACCAUCGGCGGCUGGAACCCGCUGCUCUCGUGGUGGACCAUGAACCGCCCACUCUGGUUCCUGUCGACGCUGUUGACGUACCACUAUGUGUCCCCGUUUUUUUUGAGAUGGAUGCGGAGGAGGAGUGUUGGACAGCUUCUUGUGACUUGGAUUAGAAGCAUACAGUCCCUAAACUCUGUACGGCGAAUCGGAUGGAUAAGCAAUGCUCUCUAG